AUGUCCGACGAGAAUUGGAAUGAGCUCUUCGGCGAAAAUCUUGAUGACCUUCCUAUAGCACAAACCCAGGUGACCAAACCCCCACAAGAGGGUAAAGAAACACGACUGAGGAAGGGCGUGCUCGACGAUGAAUCGGACGUGUCUACAGGCGGUCAGCCACGUGGAGAUGCUGAGGGUUCACCAUCUGGUGAGAUCUCGGGCAGUAGCAGUUCCUCAUCAUCGGAAGAAUCUGAGGGCGAGGAUGGAGAAAUGGGCCACAGCCUUGAAAAGAAGCCUCGAGAGAGCAAGCUGCUGCAACCUGCCCUCGAUCGUCUCAAGAAGCGUAGGAAGAAGAAGGAAAUGGACUCGGGAGAGAAAUUCGAGAGAAUGGAGUCAUUGGUGAAUAGUAUGUAUGAUGUAUCGGCCGCGGAUCGGGAGUCCUUGACCACUGGACAACCCGCAUUAGCGAAAUUACAGAUGCUGGAGAAAAUCCGCGGAAUUCUUGUUAAGCAGGCUUGGCAAGAGCCUUUCAUUGAGGCUGGAGGACUCUCCGCGAUAGCCGACUGGCUUGCUCUUGUUGGUGCAAAAGGGGCGCUGCCAAACUACAAUGUCCGUAGAACGCUCUUAGAUUUACUCAAUAACCAGCUCCUCCCUCAUAUAACAUUAGAUGUCUUGAAGACAAGUCGAGUUGGCUGGGCAGUGAAGGACAUGUACUAUCACAAGGACGAGACUACUGAGAACACUGUUAUCGAGGAACAACUCAUCCAGCACUGGCUCAAGCUUAUCCAGAACCAAGGGAAUGAAAGUCGAGGCAACAUAUCGAAGUAUAUCAAGGCCACCGCUGAGGAUAUGCGGCAAGCUUCAAGAGCCAUCCAGAAGCAGAAGGGUCCUCGGUUAACAGCUGAACAACAACAGAAGGUACAGAGUAGGAGGCAUGCAAUGAUUCCAAAUCGGGGUGCUGCUCUCGAUGCUACGCAACCUUUAUCGGGAGCAGGGACGUAUAGGAUUCAACCAGUGUCCAACGUUGAAGCUGCUCACAAGGAGAGACUGGAUCCUGGCACUGUUAAAGGUCGACUGAAGCGUCAUCUGAUGACUGCUGGAGGGAAAAGCAAGAAACGCAGCAGUAAGGCCGUUAAAGGAGCUCCGCGUGACCUCGAUGAGACUGAUCAGAUUAUUGAUGCCAAAGUGCACCCUCCUGGAGGGAAGGGUGCACAAAACUCGGCUCUAUACUGGGUCAUGAAAUUACGAGACCAAUCGGAUAAGAGUGCUGGUCCACUGUUUGAUGCCUUCGCGAUAAAACCCUCGGGGCAAUCAACCUCAUUGCCUUCACCGAGAUCGGCAACUGUGUCCUCUGCGAUCGAGGAUGUUGACAAACUCGAAAAGAUUCAACAAGCGACCGACGACGAAACACCUCGUGGCGCGGCGCCUUGCGACAACGCAGAUGCUCAUCACGCGACUAUCCUCGGUCCUUGUUCUGAUGAUUCGGAAGACAUAGUUAAGGAAGAUGUUUCAGAGAACAGUAUUCCUAUCCCAGGGCCAUCCCAACAUCGCGCUAAAGCUGUUGAUGUCAAUCAGGAAUGGGCAGCUUACAGUGCACGAUUGCAUUAUGAGCGUGAUCGGUCCCGUAGUCGAUGGGUGCAUCCAGAAUGGGAAGAACGUAGUUUGCUCAGACAGAAAUUACUUCUCAAGACUCGGAAACUAAACGGUGGAAAGGUCGAUCCCUCGAGUGUUUUGGACGAGUUCACCGAUCCACCCUUCCCCGAUCAAGCGAAAAGCCGGAGGAUGUUCCCCGCACUCUUCGCGAGACAUGCUUUCACUGAAGAAGAAGCAUCGGAAUAUGCCCUAGCUGUUGGCAAAGCUCGACUCGUCACAUAUCACUCUAAAUGGGGCGAGUACGAUAUUAGGUUCGUAUCACAGUUAAUUGAUAUCGCUAUCCAUAACAAUGUGGUUCCUUCAGAGCAGCGAGUGCAGCACCUCGCCAAGAAAUUCGGCGAAGCUCACAUGAAGAGUUCUACUACUCCAUCAGCGUAA